UUUGACACUAGUGUAAAACUGUUUACUAUUUUGAUUUAAAAACAGAGAGUGUUCGCAAAUAUUUUCAAUAUAAUUCUCAAAAGCCCAAGAAAAUACAAAUAUUACUUGGAUAGUAAAAAAAUUAUUACUGUUCUAAAAAACAUGUCGGAGAACGUUUUGUCGAGAUUUAAAGGGCUUUGUCGCUGUUGUCAUUUAGAUGGAAGUUUUAAAUCUCUUAAAGAAUCGUAUGGGUUCAGAGGAAAGAUAGAAAUGUACUGCAACAUGCUUACGGAGACAUUUGGCUUGCAAUUAAGUCCGGAGACACUUGAAGCUGGCUGCAAUAUAUGUGAUGAUUGUGUUGUCAGACUCCGGGAUUCAACCAAAUUUAAGCACCAAGUACAAGCUUGCGAGGAAAAGUUCAACCUGAUUUAUGUGCAGUAUUGUAAAAAUAUUAAAGUGGAAACAGAAAAUGAUUGGGAGAUAUUAAAUGACGAAACGGCGAGUAGAUUAAGUGGGAGCGACCGUGACAGUGAUUUUGAAGCCAGGAAUGAAGUAGAAGUGAAUGAAGUGAAGUCUUUGAGCGAUGGCAGAAUCGAUGAUGAAUUUGUGAAUGAAAAUAGCGAGGGUGAUAUUGAUAUAGUGAAGAACGAAUUUUUAUAUCCCAUUGAUGACAGAACUGUCUGGGAUGUGGGAAAUGGUGAUAAUUUUCAAAAAACUAAAGCAGGCGACGACAUCGUCUCGCCGGGGCCGUCGGCUAUGAAGAAAUCGCGCGAUGGGAUUGUGUUUGAGAAAUGCGUGAACCACAAAAUGUGUGUGACAACAUGUUCGAGGGAAGGUUUUUUAACUUUUGAUACGAAAUCAACUGAUCGUGAGAGUGAAUCGAGUAGUGCCGGUCCACCAGAAAACAGUCAAGUUUUUGGGUCCUCUGGAGUAAGGACUGUAGAAAAAAUGGCAAAGUCUAGGGUUUCAACACGUCGUUGGAGGGAUAAAAAGAAAGGGGUUAGUGGGUCAUCAAAAAAACAGCCGAAGACCGCAGCGCAACGUAUGCGAGAAUACCGACAGAGAAAAAAAAUUGCAAGGGAGGUGCAGCUGAAGCGAAGUGAUCAAGAUAUAGAUGCUGCAGCCAGCACUUCUUCAUCUAGAAGUUAGGCCAGUCCAUCAACAAACCAUGGGUCGCAAGUCCCAGGCACUGUUGAAGCUCCUCUCCCUGCAACAUGGACCCGGCACCCGGACGGUGAAUCCAUGGAAUGCUGAGAGGUUUCGUCUCAUUUGAGCUGUAUGGUCUAAUCUUAAAGACUUUUUUUUUUUGUUUGAGCUACACGAAACAAAAUAGACGUUUGAAUAA